GGGCUGGCGCGGGGACCCUGCGGUGACCCUGCGGCCUCUCCUCCAGCUCUGCAGGGGAACCUGGACCAGAAGCUGUUCGGGCAGCACCUGGUGAGCAAGGUGGUCGUGAAAGCGGUGAGGGGAUUCUUGAACAACACCAACGCCAAGAAGCCUCUGGCGCUGUCCUUACACGGCUGGACUGGAACGGGGAAGAACUUCGUCAGUAAGAUCGUCGCCGAAAGCAUCUAUAAGAAAGGUCUGCAGAGUAAAUACGUGCAUCAGUUCGUGGCGACUUUGCAUUUCCCUCAUGCUCACAGCAUCAAUCUCUACAAGGACCAGCUGCAGUCGUGGAUUCGGGGAAACGUGAGCAUCUGCCCCAGAUCACUCUUCAUAUUUGAUGAAAUGGACAAAAUGCACGCAGGACUCAUUGACUCUAUCAAGCCCUUCCUGGACUACUAUGAGCUGCUGGAUGGGGUGUCAUAUAGACAAGCCAUCUUCAUCUUCCUCAGCAAUGCAGGAGCUGAAAAGAUAACAGAGGUGGCGCUAGAUUUCUGGAGAAAUGGGAGGACAAGGGAAGAUAUCCAGCUCACAGAUAUCCAGAAUGCACUGUCUGUGUCUGUCUUCAACAACAAAAAUAGUGGAUUUUGGCACAGCACCUUGAUUGACAGAAAUCUCAUUGACUACUUCAUUCCUUUCCUACCUCUGGAGUACAAACACGUGAAGAUGUGUGUCAGGGUUGAGGUGGAAGCUCGUGGCUAUGCUGUGGAUGAAGACAUUGUAACCAGAAUAGCCGACGAGAUGACCUACUUCCCCAGGGAGGAGAGAAUUUAUUCAGAUAAAGGAUGUAAAACUGUGGAUGCAAAGCUGGAUUAUUACUAUGACUUCUAAUGCUUUAUUGCUACAACUUGCAAAGAAGCAAAUUUAAUUUAAUCACCAAGUGGAGAACCCAGGACAUUUCAUUUUUAAGUACUUUUUAAAGAAAGGAACAGUAUUUUUAACUGGUGUGUGAAUAAGCAGCAGUGCCUCUGCAUUUUUAUUCUGUCAC